AAAAAAAAAACACGAUCGCUGAUAAGAAUUCACGAAUAUUUAGGCAAUCGUCAGAGAACUUUCGUGAUUGACUUGUGAAAUAUGAUAACACAUCCACUCCCACUCACCUGAAAUAGCCAAGUGCUCGCUCAGUGUGUUCCCCUGAAGUUUAGCAGGAAUGUCGUUCUUCAUUUGGAUCACGAUUGUCGUGACGACUCUCAUUGUCGUUUGGUUCAUUUUGUACGCUCAUAAAGUCCAUACGGCAAGAAGGAGAGCACAGACACUUCCACCGGGAACGCGGAUAGUACGAGCGAAUAAUAAUACAGUCAUCUACACAAUCCCAACGACACAGCAACUGGGAACGACCUAUCCUGCUUUUGGGCAACCCAUCCAAGCUAAUGGAAUGCAACAAGGUGGUACGACUCUUCCCCCGGCUUACGAUUUACCACCAACUUACGAUCAAGUCGUGAUUUUGCCACCAUCGAGCGCUGAAACCACCGUCACAACAACCACAACAACCCAAGUGCGAAGCUGAAGAAAUUAAGAGUUUAUUUCUUUAAAAAAAAAGAAUGUUGCGAAACGGAAAGAAAGGUUCCUUGCUGUUGAGGAAAGAAAAAAUCCAAAUUGAUCUGCGCGGCGACAGAGAAAGGUAGAGCUUCUGGUUUUUUUUAUGUUUGAAGCAUUGUUUUUUUUUUUAUUUUUGUUUUCUGAAGAAAUAAUAAAUUUCACGUAAUUUCUAUUUUAAUUA